AUGACACUGGCUACUGCUAGACUUGAGGAGGGAAGUGGUGAGAAUGGGGAAGACAUUGAUAAUGGAGAUGGACAACAGGUUGCUGGGGACAGAGGUGAGAAUUGUGGCGAUAAAGGCUCUUUACAACAGGAGAAUUGCGGCAUGAAGGUGAUGAACAGGGAUGAACAGAUGCUCGAAAAUAAAAGGGCAUGGGAGCUGGCAGUUGAAUCCAGUGCAGUGCAAUACAAUGAAGAGGAUGAUCUAAUGACAAUUUUACAAGAACAAAAUGAAGCGCUAGCUGAAAAGAGAAGGUUGGCAAAGCAAAAAGAAAAGGCUCGAAGAUGCAGACCAAAAAAUUUUAAAAAGGGGAGCGAUGCUGUGGGAUGGGAGUUUGUAGGAUCGGACGGCAUGUCUGGGGGCCUCCUGUUAAUGUGGGACGACAUGUUGUUCAGAAUGAAUAACUGUUACAAAGGGGAAAGAUGGAUAUGUGUAGAAGGAGUCCUUUUGAAAAAUAAAUUUCGUUGUGCUUUCUGUUUGGUAUAUGGUGCUCAUAAUAAAACAGGAAAACUUGCUGUAUGGGAGGAACUGAGUUUUGUAGCUGGAUUAUUUCAAGUCCCGAUAUGCUAUAUGGGUGACUUUAAUGAGGUUAUACAUGUUGAGGAGAGGAAAGGUCAGGACAGAUUAACCGCGUCAGCAGAAGAUUUCAAGAAUUGGGUACAAGAUAUGCAGCUAAUGGACCUACCUUUGAGUGAUUGCAAAUAUACAUGGUUUAGAGGCCGCUCGUGCAGUCGUAUUGAUAGAGUCCUAGUCAGUGUUGAAUGGACGGAGGAGUUUCCAGAGGUUCGACUAAAAGGGGGUCCAAGAGGGCUGUCAGAUUACUGUCCAAUUAUAGUUCAGAAUACCAUGUACAGAGGUGGCCCGCGUCCUUUUCGAAGCCUAGAUUCCUGGUUUACACAUGAAGGUUUCCUAAGAAUGGUCAGAGAGGAAUGGAGGAAUCUUGGUGAGAGGCAAUUCACUAAUAAGCUGAAGGCUCUUAUGGUGCCUUUGGGAAUAUGGCAUAAGGACAAAUUUGGCGAUAUAGAUAAAAAGAUUCAGCAAUUUGAGGAGGAGAUCAGGAAGAUAGAUGAGUUGGCAGGAGAUGGAGUUUAUGAUGAUACAACGGAGGCUAGAAGGAAGGCAUUAGUAAGCAGUUGCAAGCAGUGGUAUGUGAGAAAAGAAAUACACUGGAAGCAGAUGUCGCGCUCCAAGCAUGCGAAGGAUAUGGAUAAAAACACUAGGUACUUCCAUAACUUGGCAUCGGCAAGAAGGAGAAAAAAUAGAAUUGAUGCCCUGCUAAUUAACGGAAGGUUGGUAAGAAAUCAAGCUCGGAUCAAGAUCGCUAUCAGAGAUUUCUAUAAAGACUUGUAUCACCAGGAGAGGUCACCAGUGGUGGGUUUUAGGGACGGACUGGUAAACAGGAUUGAUGAAGAGGAGUCGAUAGCUUUGGAGAGAAUACCGACAUCAGAGGAGAUUAGAGAGGAUGUUUGGGAUUGA